UUGUAGAAAACCCCUCACGUGUUUGCUGUCGCCACGAUGCUACUGAUGCAACUUUUUAUCAGAAAUAGAAAAUCACAAAACUUGAUGAUCGUCGAGCGAGCGACGGACUGUCAAGCCUUUGCUGAUGGCGGGGAUAGCUGAGACAGCAGAAUACUAAGUCAUUACACGGGACAAGAUCACACCAGUUACCAGGAGAGCAGACUUUCGACAUUGUCAACAUUUAUAUCCUUCCAAGUCUGAAGGAGCAAAUCAAAAAUGUUAUAAAUUUCUCUAGUGUCGUUUGAUAUGUUAGGAAUUGCAUGAUCUCCGUGAGCAGGGAUAUAGAUGUAAGUGACAGUGAAUAUUGGCCUAUAUCUACGGCCGUCAACGAGACAACUGGCCAAUUUAAAGUCCACUCUGGAGGAGGAAGGUCGUUAUUGUUUAGGUUUAAGAGUGUGUAUUGAGACCUUUAAAUUGACAGGUACAAUUUAUAGAAGGCACUUACCUAUAUAUAUUGGGUAUUUAAACCUACAAUACAGAGAAACCUUUUAGAUUCUGUGAUUUGGAUUUAGACAAGGAAAAAGUCAAGUCGGGACACCAAACCACGCAUCAUUAGAUCCUGUUUCUAUUUGACAUGGUUGACUGAAUUUUAGCGGAUAUUUCUUUUAACACUUGCUGUGCUCAAUGUUAUAGACCAACAGAUUUGUGGUCGGUGAUGGUGCCGGCGUUGUGAAGAAUUCCUUUCUGUUGAUCUUGUGAACAUUUUUUUUUCUUCAAACCAUGGCUAAAAGUAAGUUUGAAUAUGUGAAACAUUUUGAGACGGAGGACCGAUGCUUACCAAACUGUUGGAUUGUGAUUCGGAUUGACGGAAAGGCAUUCCACAGGUUCACAGAUGUCCACCAUUACAUGAAACCCAAUGAUGACCGUGGCCUCAGUCUGAUGACCAAGGCAGCACAGUGUGUCCUGGAGGAGUUCAAGGAUGUUGUCAUGGCAUACGGUCAAAGUGACGAGUACAGUUUUAUCUUCAAGAAAAACACCAAAAUGUUCAACAGAAGAGCGAGUAAGCUGAUGACCAACCUAGUGAGCCAGUUCUCCUCAUCCUUCGUGUUUUACUGGCCACGAUUCUUCAACAAGCAGCCUCUUCAGUACCCUCCAGUGUUUGAUGGUAGAGUGGUCCUCUACCCCUCAGACAAGAAUCUCAAGGACUACCUCAGCUGGCGACAGGCUGAUUGUCACAUCAACAAUCUGUAUAACACAUGUUUCUGGAAGUUGGUCCAGGAGAAAGGUCUGUCACCAGCGCAGUCACAGGAACGCCUCAAAGGUACACUAUCCAGUGAUAAAAACGAGCUGUUAUUCUCCGACUUUGGUCUGAACUACAACAGUCUCCCAGAGCUCUACAGGAAAGGAUCAGUGCUCAUUAGGAUGAAGGAGACGGAUGCUGAACAGCGCGGUGACAGGGAGUUACACAAUGGGAUGCGGACCUCUUCUGUGUCAUUUGAGUCUCCUUCGGACCCUAGCAGCAAGCUCCCUCGUAUCGCCACACUCCACUCAGACAUUAUCGGUGAAAAGUUCUGGCGGGAACACCCCGAAAUACUAGAUGGAUAGUUGUAGUUGAUAAUUCUAGGUUUUAUGAAAUUUGUAUGCCUUGCAUUUGUUACGCAAUUUUGAGGGGCGUGUCCGAGAGAGUGCCUGGAUUCUGGAUGUGAAGAUUGAACAUGUUUUACACGUAUUUGGUGACAGGUGAACAACUCAAUACAGUGUUUAGUGAUAAGUGAAUGGUGGGGAUUUGAAUGCAAAGAAGUGUUGUAGCUUGUACAGCAGAGGUCAUUAGUUUUUCAAUACCUCCGCUAGGAGUCGAACCUGGGACCUCUGGGUUACUAGUCUUACGCUCUACCGAAAGAGCUAAAGAGACAUUCUCCCUAGCCGAGUCGGUAGGAAGCGGCUAGUAUUUUACCAGGGUGACACUUGUAACAGCCUUUUUGUCCAUUUGUAGUAUUUUAUGGGGAAUACAAGAGGAAGACAACUGUCCAGUUUUAACAGACAUUCUGUCGUGAUUUAGUGACAGUCCAUGUUCAGGAACCAUCAAUAAAUGGUACAAUAAGACUUCAACAAAUCUCAGGAACCAAUGUCUAUAGAUGGAAUUUUGCAGUAGAUACAAACAUGGCUUCCUUGUAAAUACUGAUUUGUUAUACUGUAUGUGUAUAUAUGUGUAUACUGUUUGUAUAUUUGUGUAAACAUGCUUUUCUCUAUCGUUUAUGCUAGGUAGAUAUAUUUUUCCAUGUUACACAGUUUGGCUCAGGUGCACCUAUUUAUUUACAGCAUUAAUACAGUGUGUUUAUUUCAAUCACAUACAGGUAUUAAACUAUCUACAUACUGAUGAGCUGUAUAGCUCAAAGUAAUUAACAAGAUGAACAUACACUACGUUGGGUAAGGGUUAGGUCUCACUUUCUGCUGUGAUUUUUAAAAAUAAAUCCUAUUUGUUUC